AUGAAAUGUGACUUUUGUGAAGAGAGCACUCCGAUAAUAGGUAGAUUUAAUAGAUUAUUAAUAAGACAUUAUGCGUCAUUCAUUGUUCUUGAAAUACUCACAGUCUUAAAAUUACCAUUAUACGAAAGGAAUAAGUGAGAUAUUAUACAAUUAUCGCACACCUAAUAAUAUCUUAUAUAAGGAUGUAUUAUUGUAUGACACACCAGAGGAACUGCUUUGUAAAGCAUAUCAUUAAACAAUUUUAUUUGAAAAAUUACAGAUGUUGGGUGAGUAUUACAAAGUAUCAAUAAAAUCUAGUCAUAGUUUCAUAAUGAUAUUCCGCGGUUAUUUAUGGUGCCAGCAAUAAUUCCACUAAAUUAUUACCAUGAUAAAAAGAGAAGAUUAGAGUAUUUUCGAAUAGCAAAAUUGAUUGCAAAUGAGAAUAAGAACAAUCCUGAUAAACCUCCAAAGGGCAUAGUAGGUGACUCACCUUUACCUUAGUCGAGCCAAUAAAUGACUGCAUAAGAAGCAAGUUCCUCUGAUGAAGUAAAACAGCUCCUCAAUCUAGCCGAUAUCUAAAUGUGAGAAGAUCCUAGAUGGCAUAAGUUUCAUUGAGACCAAGCCGUAAUUUGUGAAUUUCAAAUAGUAACUCUAACAAUACCAAUUAUUGCAAUAAACAAUCCCAAAUUUCAAAUAUGAGAAAUAUAAACCCCAAAUUAAACAUUAAGCUAUUUAACCGCAAAAACCUAACAAUUCAUAGCAACGCAAAUCCAGUAUAACAAAUAUACUCAAUAUGCUUAAGAACAAAGUUCCUAAAACGGUUAUUAAAAAGAAAAAUUAAUCAAUGAAAUCAGAUCAAUUGCAUAUAGUAUUUAUUAUGGUUUGAUAUCAUCAUUUAGACACCAAGAGAUAUUGAAAUUAAAUCUCCUACAAAUCGUACACUAUUACCAAAUUAACAAAGAAUCGCUACUCUUUUAAAAUCACCUAAAUGUGUUACACCUAGAGCACCAUAAUAGAGUCCCCAUCUACCUAAGAAAGUCCAAUAAUUAGAAAUUAAAGUUAUGACUGAUUUAUAAACACUUCUUGCUAAAAAACAUACUAGAGAUUCUAAAUAAUUUAGUACUGUUCAUUUUGAUAACAUGUCUUUAUUUUAAGAUCCUAGAAGUCUUACAUAAAGAUUUGAAUCUACUAAUCAUUCCAAAGGAUAAUUUGCAAAAAAAAAACUUAAUAUUAAAGAACUUAAUUAAUUUAGAAGAGCUAAAAUCUAAGAACCAUUAUCAAAUCGUGAUCCUCCACGUAAACUUAAUUUUAAAUCUAAAUCCAACGAUAAACCACUUAAUAUUAAUAUUAGUAAUACUGAUCAUAAAAUUAAUUUCUAUUAACCAGUUCAAUCAGCUAGAUAAGUUAUUAAUUCAUAAUAAUAAAUAACCACAACUUUUAAGUAAUUUAAUGCCUAAUCUUUAUCUUAAUAAAUUCAUCAUUAAAAAUCAGCAACAGCUAAAACAUUAGGAAAAUCUAUGAAAUCAACUCAAACAUUAGAUUCUCAAAUUUGUAAAGUAGCACUUAACUUAGCUGUCAAGAAUAUUAGAAGUAGAAAAUCAUGA